CUACGCUGCGCACGUUCCCGGGACACUGCUGCCUCAAGACACGGCCUCAAGACUUUACUGUUACAUUAGAUUAUAUGAAUUGCCGCACGGCUGUUUGACAAUAUCAAUGGGAUGAAAGAAACGGCUCUAAAAGGCACAGACCGUAGCGACGCAGCGAGCUGCUGCGAGUCGUUGAAAUCAAAAGCGAAAGUGCGGCGGUGCUCCUGUGCUCUCGGCUGUUAUUUCACUUUUAUGUAGCCGUAAUAACCUUACACUUAUAAAAACUCGGAAUCCAGACUCCACGAUGGUGAUCGAAGUAAUUUUAUUUGGAUACUUCACGGUGUGCGUUAGUGGUGAUGGGGUUGCAGAUGUAGUGCUGUCCUGCACCCUGGUGGAGGAGGGAGUCGGACUGGGCGGAAUGGGAGGUGGAGCUUCCUUCAGACGGACUCCAGCUACUCUUGUCUUCAGAGAUGUUGCAGUGGCUUCUGACGAAUCACUCGAAACACUCACUCCGUUCGUCCCACCCUCAGUCCCUGAUCUAGACCUCCUCCUGUUUGAGGCCAAAGUGUCAUCAGUUGAGAUCCCCAAUGCAGACCUGCUUCUCCAUGCGGAUUGCAAUGAGCAGGAGGUGAUGUGUGAAAUAAGCAGUUACUCUCCUCGUGGAUCCCGGGAGAGUUCAGAUCCAGCCUAUUUCAUGGCGUCCCUUAAUGUGGAGGGAAUUGAGUUCAGCACUGUGUUGAUUCUGCAGACUCUGACGGUGGAGAAGGACCACUCAACGCUGAUACAUAACAAACUGGGCCUGCCUCUUAGCCAGUCGGGUACUCUGCUGACUGAGGUAAUAUUCCUGGUGUUUUCCCACAUAAAGUCUGUAUCUGUGCCUCUGAGAGGUGAUGUCCUCCUCAACUGUGGUUUCAAGCAGCUUCAGAUACCCUUAUCGCAGGAAGUGGCCAUUGAAUGGCGACUGCAACACAGAGGAAAGGGGCGGAGAGUGCUUGACAUGAAGACAAGGCUGGAUGAUGCAGAAGGAAGCACAGUGGUGCAUGCAGAAAGGAGGGGCUCAAGCGUGGAUGCGGCCAAGGUUGUUGGUGAGGGUAACGCCUCUUUGACUCUGAGCAAGCUGAAGGUUUUGGAUGAGGGGACCUACAUCUGUACAGUCAGUUUAGGCCUUUUCCAUGCACAGCAGGUCAUUAGGCUCCAUAUUAUUCAACCGCCCCAUGUCUCACUCUCAAAGGAGAAGUUGGUUUUGAAGUCAGAGACACGUCAGACACUGAGCUGUCACUGCAAUAACUACUACCCAUUGGAUGUUCAGAUGGAGUGGUUAUCCCUGUCUCUUACAGACACAGAGCCUGCAGUCUUUCCAGAUCAGGGCUCUCUCUCCAGUCAUCGGCACCAUGGUGAUGGGACGUUCUCCCUGUCAUCUCAUUUCACUGUGCCCCCCAGUGUCUCCCCAGGCACCAAAAUCACCUGCAGGGUGUCUCACACAGCCCUGGACGCCCCUCUCUCUGUGAGUGUGGUCGUAGAAAGUCCAGAACCAGAUUCCUAUAUGUGGGUUCUGGGUUUCCUUAUCAUCACUGUACUUUUCUUCUACCAGGUUAUGAGAUAAAUCAGUAGGAGAUUUUCCAUUAGAUUAUCCUGACUUGAAACUGAGCCCAGGGAGGCUUCCUUUGUGUCAUUUGUGAGUUUUUAAGUUAAUGAUUUCAUUAAAAGUCAUCACUGGUC